AUGGCGGGGGCUUUAAAAAGGAGAACAGAUCGAGGGUAUAUUUCCACAGAUCCAGAGACUAGAUUGCGAAGAUAUCAGUCCAAUCUACAGCAUAUUUUUGAUAAGUAUGAAAAUUGUGAAGAUGAUGCAGAUGACACAGAAGUAGACUUGUGUGAUUUGUCCGUACUCAGAGGACGAAGUCAUCUGAUUAAUAAAAAAACAAAGGACUUUGGACACAGCAAGCUUAAGAGCACACCAAGAGAAGGUGACCUAUGUACCAGAGAUCAUGCCCACAAAAGAAUAAACCCCUUUAAUCACAGACAGAAUCAGGAGAAAGAAUCAUUUCAACAACAAAGACCAGAUCUUCAUGGUACUUAUGUGUUGUCCAAGCCAGAGGAUCCCUGGGAUUCCCAUGGGAAUUUAUUGUCUCCUUUAUCUUAUGAUAAACCAGACAGUAUGGGAUCUCAGCCGAUUCCAGGGGAGGAUCAUAUGGAGGCGGACCCUUAUCCUGAUGACAUUUCCAGAAUUCAGAGUCUUAAUGAAACAUACAAGGAUGUUUUGUCUCAGUUAGGACCUGAUCUUGAGGAAGAUAUAAGUGAUGCAGAAACUUUGAUAACAACAUCUGAGAGUGAAGAUAGUUCUGAUGAGGACAUGUCUGAACCUUCAAGCUCCUCAGGAUACUCAGAGGAUGAUCAGCCAUACAAGACAAGAGAGACAAAGAAAGUACAUCACAGCAACCUCCAGGAAAGCCCUAGAAUGGAGUCUUACUUUGCUUCCUCUGAGGACAGCUCUGGUUAUCAUAGUUCCGAGCUUCCUUCCUGUGUGUAUGAUAGAAGCCGCAUCCACAAGCAGUAUCGCUGUCCUCAGCCUCAGAUCAGCUACAGACAAGUCGAGCACCACUUAAUGUCAGGGGACAAGGAGUUAGUCCGAGUAAAAAGACCCGAUUAUAGACAUCAGAUUCAGAAUUUGUAUCAGAUGUGUGGAAGAGGAGACAUGAUGAAGUCGGAGGGAAACUUGGAUGACAGACAUGAGAGAGUUGACACACAAACAAUACAUCAGAGAAGCUCAGAAUGUGAAAGAAUCCGAGGUCUAAAGGAAGUAGCGAUUUAUAGAAAUGGAAGUGGUUAUCAUCCAAAGAAAGAUUCUCAUCCAAAUUUGCAUCAAGGGAAUGAAAAGAUUCUAAUUCAGGGCAGUGAUAUGAAGAGAGGCAAUGCAAUCUUUGAUAGCAACACCUCUGAUCUGUACAAAAGAAGUAGUAGUGCACAGAAAGGCCAACAGACAGUUUUUAGAAGUCGUAGAACUGUUGUACAAACAGAAUGUUCGAAAAGGAGGAACUCCUUGUGUUUGGAAGAUUUCGAAUCAUUAAGUGAUACAUCCCAAAAUAUGAUCAGAAAUGGACUUCCUGAGUAUUCUAAAAAACAGUUACUUAAAGAAGGAACUUUGCACCUGAACAACCAGCCAAUGUCAUCAAUUGAGAAAGUUACAAAGUGGAUGAUGCCUUCACAAGAGAGCGAGGACAAGUACCAAGUGAAGGCCAAAAGAAAACUUGUCAUCCAUCCAGUGUCAGAAGUAAAUAGUGAACCAUCUUUCUCUGUAGCUGAUAAUGAGAGACAACAGAAAAUCACAGAAGAAUUGUCAGAUUUUGACCAGAAGAGAAACAGCCAGGAAAACAACAAAUCUGAGUUAAAUAUAGAUGGAAACUCUAUGUCCUGUUAUGGUAUCAAUUGUUCUUGUAGAGAAAGAGUUAUUUGUUCAUGUGCAGACUGUAUGAAUGUUAAUGAUAUGAAACUUUGUCAACAACUGGGAUGUAGUCAUCAACAUGAAAUUAUUGAAAACGGCAAUUUAUCUGAUGAAAGAGGUAUAGGUGGAGCUUCACAAACAUUUGUCCGUUCUUUAUCUCCUGAGAAAUCUUCAUCCACUUUACCAUUUCCAGGUAAUCAAACAUCCACUGAUAUAUCACCUUAUCCUUCAUCACCAGGAGGUCAUUCUACAUUCUUUUCAUCACCAAGAGCUCGUUCAAAAUGCUUUCAAUCUCCAAGAGCUCAGAGUUACCCAUCAUCUCCGCAAAAUGGCAGAUCACAUUCUGAUGUAAGUAAUUCACCAUCUUCUUCAUUUGCCAGGCUUCAUCUUUCAUCACCAAGAUCAUCACCAAGAAUCUCAAACAAUUUUCAGCAAAAUUUUAACACAGAGAAUAAUUCAUGUUGUCACACCAGUCAAAGUGUUCCACCAGUGUUCAAGGUUCCAAAUGCAUUCCCUUAUCAAAAAUCUCCAUCAACCAAAAGGGGUAUCCAGAGGAGUUGUGGAAAUGAAGGAAAUAUCAGGAAUAAUCAGUUUGGCAUGAGAGAACAUGUAAGGUCAAGUUCUUGUGACAGUUGGGUCGAACAUAGAAGAGGAUCCGCAUCAAACUGCAUUGCUAAGCUUAAUUACCAACCUAGAGACAAAAAAACCAUUCACAAUCAAAUUUCAGAAAAUGUGUUGAGGCAUUGUUCCUACAAAGAAUAUCAGCAAGAUAAAAUGGAAGUGGGUGUGCCUUGCAUGCAAAAACAAGACUUGAGACGUGACAAUAUUGGAGAAAAAUACUAUGAACAAGAGCCUAAGAAAUCAAGACAAAAGUGUCAGCCAUCUAGAAGAGUACAUGAGUCAUCUAAACAUGAGUGUCAGCCAUGUAAACAAGCGCCUGUACUAUCUAGACAAGUAUUUGAGUCACCCAGACAAAGGCCUCAGCCAUCUGAGGAGGUGAAUAAGCCACCUAGACAAGAGCUUCAGAUGUCUAGACAGAUGUGUCCACCAUCUACACAAGAGUUUCAGCAAUCCAGUUCCUACAAACUCCAAUCAGUCAGGAAGUGGAAACCCAAGUGUAGCUUAUUUCCACCAGAGAACCAAAAUUCAAAAAGUACGUUUUUUCAGAGAUCUUUUUCAGAGAAAAAAGACACUUGCCAGGAUAGAGAUGAGCAAUGGACACAAAAUUUAAGACAGAGUUCGAGAAAUCAACCAAGGUAUUCUGGUGUUUGUGUUCUUCAGAGUACACCUAGAAAACCUAAUAGUAAACCAUUUCUUGACAGUUCCUUCUCAACAAUUAAUCCAAGCAUGGACAAUUUUAGUGAUGAAGAUGAAGUUUCCUUGAUUUAAAAAUAUUUACCAAUGUUAACCUGGAGAAUUUGGUUGUAUUUUUUGAUAUAUGUAAGAAUUUAAUGCAACAUGAACUCUACUCAAAUAUAUUCUUUAAAGUAAUUUCAGUGUUAUUUUAAUAAUAGAUUUUUUUUUUUUUAAAGAAAUAUAUACUUGCAAAUAUUUUUUC